AUGGGAUCUCCCUUAUCGCCAGUUGUAGCAAACAUAGUGUUGGAGAGGGUUGAGAGAAGUGCGCUGGAACAGUUGCAUCAAGAAGGCAUUGUACCAAUUUUCUUCAGGCGGUACGUUGACGACUGUUUAUCGAGUGUGCGAAGAGAACAAGUGGAGCGCAUGCUGGAGGUGUUUAACAGUUUCCACCCACGACUGCAGUUCACCAUAGAACUUGAGGAGGAUGGUCAAAUACGUGAUAACGAAUGGAUAAGGAAAGAUGUGAUAAAAAGUAGCAAAUAUCUAGCGGAGAGGAAUGACUUGAUUGUUACGAAAGCGGAUAAAGGCAAAUUGACGGUUGUAAUGAAUAAGGCUGAAUAUGAAUCGAAGAUGCUUACGUUAGUGAAUGACACGGAGACCUACGAAGAGAUUAGGAAUGACCCCACGUCGUCCACACUGAAAAAGAUCAAUGCUAUGUUUGACCAAUGGAGCCAAGAGGAAUGGAUAGAUAAAUGCACAAAACUGAAACUAAAGGUUUAUAAUUGUAACCCGCCACGAGUCAACAUACAAUGCAGCGAAGUUUUGUCAUCCAUUCUAAAUGGAAUUGUUGGUAAAACGGAUCACCAUAUAGUGAAUAGCUUUGAAUUUGUCGGCGAUAUUCGACAGCACAUUGUAACCAAUGAGUGUGCGUUGUUUUCGUUGGAUGUUGUUUCACUAUUCACUAAUGUGCCUGUGGAUUACGCAAUAGAAAGUGUACGACUACGAUGGGGCGAAUUGGAGGAGCACACCAAGAUUCCUGAGAGCAGCUUCAUUGCAAUGCUUGAGUUGGUGUUGACAUCAACUUUUUUCAUGCAUCAAGGUCGUUUCUUCAAGCAGAAAUUUGGGUUACCAAUGGGAUCUCCCUUAUCGCCAGUUGUAGCAAACAUAGUGUUGGAGAGGGUUGAGAGAAGUGCGCUGGAACAGUUGCAUCAAGAAGGCAUUGUACCAAUUUUUUUCAGGCGGUACGUUGACGACUGUUUAUCGAGUGUGCGAAGAGAACAAGUGGAGCGCAUGCUGGAGGUGUUUAACAGUUUCCACCCACGACUGCAGUUCACCAUAGAACUUGAGGAGGAUGGUCAAAUACGGUUUUUGGAUACAAUAGUGCGGAGGGAGGAGGACCAUCUCACCACGGAAUAG